AUGGUGCGGCGGCGGGAAGCCAGGCGUGCUUCUUUCACGCAUCUGUGCACAACUUUGUUGUGGCUGUUCACCUGUUUCAACGAAAUGAAUGCAGUUAAAAUUGUGAAAGUAGUAGUGCCAGAAAUAAUACAGUACGGUGUGCAAGACGCUGUAAUUCUAGACUGUGAUUAUAUUUACGGUAACAACACAUCAGGACUGGUAGUGAAGUGGUUUUUCAGAAACAAAGCUAGGCCUGUCUACCAAUGGAUUGUUUCGCAAAAGCCACAGGACAUGGGAAUAUUGAGGGGUCGUGUCGAUUUAACCUACAGAGCAUCGAACGACCCAUUAAAAAUGCACAGAGCACUGCGCAUAGUGAAGCCCAAUACUGACAUCUCUGGUGAAUACACGUGUGUCGUUUCAACAUUUAUGGAAGAGGAUUCAAGAACAAAGCAAAUGAUUGUUUUUGAGCGAGUAUUAAAUAAAGAAAACGAAAAAAGCAUCAAGAAACUUAAUAUUACACGAAAGAAGUUCGCCAUCUUGGCACGCGCCUGUUUUUACAGUUCAUUAAGCCACAUCUGCCAUCUUACGAAAUAUCCUUAUAAGUGUCAUGUUUCAGUGCCGGAGACGAACUUCCGUCUGAUCCAGAACAAGACUGACGAUGAUACUGUGAACGUCAUAUGUGCUGCGGACGGAGCGUUUCCUGCACCAAACCUCACGAUAGCCACACCUGAGAGGAGGCUGGAUGGAGUUUCCCAUGAAUUGAAACUGGUGAACGGCAGAUACUCGGCGGUAGCUUCGGUUACGUUGCUCGACGCUGACCUUCCUACACCUGCGGAGUUUAUUUGCACUCUCCGAAUACCUUUAGCAAAAUACGCAGUAAGAAAGGAAUCAAUUUACUAUCCGGGGCCCAUUAGCACAACUCCUGAAAUGCCAACCGCGGCCGACAUGCAACUCGCUGCGGCUAUUGGGUCUAAAGGAACAAGCACGCGCACAGUGAUAGCAUUGGUCUUACUACCAGCUUUAGCUCAGUCGUUACUGGCAGUCAAAUGA